AGAUCACCCGCUUGGAUUCUUAUUAGGCAAGUUACCACGAUUGCCACGAGUGGCACCCGAGAUUAGCCAAUGAGCGGUCAGAAAAGGCGUUUCCUAUGCAGCUUAGGCGCAGAGGCGGGACUUCCGGCGUCUUCCUCACUGCGGCCUAUUUUCUCUCAGGAGAAUCAGGCGCCAGGUCGCUGAGCCGGGGCGGAGAGACCCCCACGGAGAAGGCGGGAGAGUCGUGAUCCUCACAGCACAAACAAGGAUUUUAAACUCUGCCUCGAUACCCCGCGGACCUGCGCCAGGGACGGGGCAAGAACCGCCCUUCCCGCAGCGGCUGCUGCUCCCGCCCCGAACCGCCCACAGAACGCAAUGGCGGAGCCGGGGCUGAGCCGCGGGGCUGAGGUUGGCGUGACCUUUGAGGACAUUGCCCUGUACUUCUCCAGGGAGGAAUGGAGCCUCCUAGAUGAAGGUCAGAGACAGCUGUACCUGAAUGUGAUGCUGGAGAACUUUGAACUUCUAUCCUCCCUGGGUUGCUGCUGUGGAGCAGAGAAUGUGGAGGCACUGACUGAACAGAACAUUUCUGUAGGAGUGUCACAGGCAAGGAAUCCCAAGUUAGCCUUGUCUUCCUUGAAGAGCCACCCCUGUGAGAGUUGUGGACUAGUCUUGAGGAACAUUUUCCACUUGAUUGAGCUGCAGGAAACUCAGCAAAUCCAUGUACUAUUGAGGUGUGGGGCAUGUGCAAAACGAUUUUUUUUCAGUGCAACAUUUCACCAGCACCAGGAGGAGCACUUUAGAGAGAAGCCUUUUAUUAGAGAUGUGGACAGAAUCUCCCUUGCAAAGAGCUGCAGUUUCGACAUGUCCCAGGAGCAUUUAACCUGUGUGCAAGUUGGGCAAGGCAUCCUUACUGGGUCAGGACAUCUCCCCCCAAAGGCUACUCAGACCAGGGACAGGCCAAAUGAAAUCUCAACAUGUAAGGUGACCCUCCAAAGGACUAAAAAUUAUUACAUUAGGAAAGAAUAUAAGAAAGCCAUUGGCUGCAACCGCGUGUUUGUUCAGGAUAAGAAUGUUCAUACUGGAAGAGUGGGUUUUGUGUGCCGUGAAUGUGGAAAAUAUUUUAGCAGAAUUUCUAGUUUUUGUUAUCAUAAGAGAUUUCACAUUAGAGAAAGGCCUUAUGAGUGCAGUGAAUGUGGGAAAUCUUUUACCAGUAGCACUGGACUCCUUUAUCACCAGAGAUUUCACACUGGAGAAAAGCCUUAUAAGUGCCGUGAAUGUGGGAAAUCUUUUACCAGUAGCACUGGACUCCGUUAUCAUCAGAUAUUUCACACAGGAGAAAGGCCUUAUAAGUGCAGUGAAUGUGGGAACUCUUUUACCAGGAUAUAUUACCUUCGUUGUCAUCAGAGAAUUCACACUGGAGAAAGGCCUUAUAAGUGCAGUGAAUGUGAAAAAUCUUUUACCAGUAGCAAUGGUCUCCGUUAUCAUCAAAGAUUUCAUACAGGAGAAAGGCCUUUUGAGUGCAAUAAAUGUAAGAAGUUUUUUAUCGGGGUUACUGGCCUUCAUUAUCAUCAGAGAGUUCAUAAUGGAGAAAGGCCUUAUAAGUGCAGUGAAUGUGGGAAAACUUUUAUGAGUAGCACUGGCCUCCGUUAUCAUCAUUUAUUUCACACAGGAGAAAGGCCGUAUGAGUGCAAUGAAUGUGGGAAAUCUUUUACCAGGAUCUACUACCUCCGUUAUCAUCAGAGAGUUCACACUGGAGAAAGGCCUUAUGAGUGUCAUGAAUGUGGUAAAUCUUUUACCAGUAGCAAUGGCCUCCGUUACCAUCAGAGAUUUCACACAGGAGAAAGGCCUUAUGAAUGCAGUAAAUGUGGAAAAGUUUUUACUGGGAUCACUGGUCUUCAUCAUCACCAGAGAGUUCACACUGGAGAAAGGCCUUAUGAAUGCAGUGAAUGUGGUAAAGCUUUUACUAGUGGCACUGGCCUCCGUUAUCAUCGGAGAUUUCACACAGGAGAGAAGCCUUAUGAGUGCAGUGAAUGUGGGAAAGCUUUUACCAGUAGCACUGGCCUUCGUUAUCAUCUGAGAUUUCACACAGGAGAAAGGCCUUAUGAGUGCAGUGAAUGUGGGAAGUCUUUUUCCAGGAUCUAUACCCUUCGUUGUCAUCAGAGAAUUCACAGCGGGGAAAAGCCUUACCAGUGCAGUGAAUGUGGAAAAUCUUUUGCCAGUAGAAAUGGCCUCCGUUAUCAUCAGAAAUCUCACAGUGGAGAAAGGCUUUAUGAGUCCACUUAAUAUGGGAAAUUUUUUAUCCGGAUCCAUGGCUUUUGUGGUCAUCAGAGUUCAACUGGAGAAAGGCCUUAUGAGUGCAGUGAAUGUGUGAAAUCAUUUAGCCAAAAUUCUAAUCUUUCUCUGCACUAAAGAGUUCAAUGAAAUGGAGGCCUUAGAUUUGUAGGAAAUGUACAUACUUUUAGUUCAGUCUUAACAAUUUUGUAUGAAAUUCUUUGUGAAGCCUUAUUUUUCUCAUAUAUUCAACCAUCAACUGUAGGGAGAUUCACUGUGAAUUUUGCUCAUGUGAAAAAAACGUGAGUCCAGGUUGCAUUUUGUAAUUUAGCCAGAUAUGUCUUGCCAGAUCUAUGUUACUGCAUAUUUCUGUUGCUGAAGCUAUUUCACAGGUAUCCAGAGAUUGCAUGAGUCAUCAUCUUAGUGUAUUUGCGGAGAUAACUUCUUUGAUUUGAGAAAAUUAGGAGCUGCCUGAGCUUAGGAGGUCUCAUUCUUUUUUUUUUUUAAUCCUCAGCCGAGGCUAUUUUGCCA